CAGCUCUGCACCGAAGAGUUCUCAGUGACAUACCGGCGCCACCACUGCCGGUGCUGCGGGAAAGUCGUGUGCAGCGCCUGUAGUCAAAACAAGGCACCCCUUCCGUACCUCAAGAACCAAACGGCGCGGGUAUGCGACGAGUGUUUCGAUAGACUGCGGGAACAGAUGGAGCGCAUGGAUAGGCAUCACAAACACCAGUCGGCGUCCAGCGGGACGUCCGUCGAGGUGUCGGCGCCCGCGUCGGCCUCCGAUACGGACGAGUCGCGCGAUUGGUACCAACUUUUCCGCCGGAAUCUGAGCCGUAGUUCCCAUCGAAAGGCGAAACACCGAUACGUGCCGUCAGUUUUGAAAGAGGUGUCAGCCAACGACGUAGGUUCACUCAUAUCCGGAUACUUACACCGACGGGAAAGCCGUAAAAACUGGAAGAACUACUGGUUUGUGAUCAAAGACAUGGUUUUAUACACAUAUAAGGCGUCCGAAGACGUGGCGGCCCUCAAG